CUGGAGAGGUGUGGGGAAGAGGCUCUCAAUGCUUUCUCUCCCUCAUUUCCCUUGGUCUGUUCCUUGGAAACAGGGAAGAACCGGAGGCUGAAGCAGGCCAAGGAGGAGGCGCAGGCAGAGAUCGAGCAGUAUCGCCUGCAGCGGGAGAAGGAGUUCAAGGCCAAGGAAGCAGCGGCACUUGGAUCUCAUGGCAGCUGCACCACUGAAGUUGAGAAGGAGACCCAGGAAAAGAUGAGUGUGAUCCAGCAGAACUUCCAGAAGAACCGUGAGGUGGUGCUGUCCCAGCUGCUGUCACUGGUGUGUGACAUCAAACCCGAGAUCCACGUGAACUACCGCAUCAAUGGGUAGUGGGGGAAGAGGGAACAAGUGUACUGGAAAUGCUGGGAAUAAUGUGUGAGCUUCAGGUGGAAUGUACAGCUCUUAGCCAUACCUUAACUGUCCUUCUUGUACAUGUGUUACAUUAUUUCAGUGAGCUGUUGGAGUUCUGUUAGUUUCUCUUCUGACACAAACAUUACUGGCCAUAUCUCAGAUCUGUGCUAAGUUAUUACAUAGAUAUUCCAGUUGGCACAUCAAUGCUCCCUUUUUAUCUUGAUAGGGUUCCAUGAGAGGCAAAGUAGAAAGGGGAGAUAGAUUCUGGCCUGUGUCAGUAAUUGUUAAACUUGUGUAACUGUGUUCUUGUUGACCAAAAUGCAUUUUUCAGUGUGUUGUUGAACCUUUGUCCAGGGGUUAAACCCUCUGGGAAGAAUUCUCUGGCUGUACAGUGCUGGCUGAUAAUUUUCAGGUGCUUGAGUUUCUCUGUAUUGAAUAUCCUCUGUAUAUUCUGCUGUUAGCUUUGAGGUACAAGUCUGGCACUGACACCUGAAAGUAAAAACACUUCACUCCAAA